AUGAGCACUCGCUCCGCCCUCGACAAAUACCGGGAAGGAUCCAAGACUCUGCCUCAUUCUCAUCGUUCUUACAUUCCCCUCGAUCACCACAAUCAUAUCGCUUCUGCCUCGCAUCAUCGAGCCAGCACGAUCUCGUCCUCACGCCUUAGUCGACGCUCGCUUGCUGCGAUUGCCCUGGAAAAGACGUCUACUGCUUUCAACAACCUGGUCUCGCUUGGUGGCGCUUCCAAUCCCUCCCUCCGGUCUUCUCCCGCCGCCUUCAACGGUAAUCCGCUGAAACAUCCGCCCAGUGCAACGUCGCCGGCAACAGAGGACCCUCCGCGAAACACCUUUGAGGGGAGGAGUGGUCAGCAUCACGAAGGUGGUCGUGGUGGUGGUGCUGCGGAUCAUCUUGGCUCUCGUCUCCCGCUCCACGCGGAAAGCAACGGGGACCCAACACACCCAAGCAACGUCCCGGACUCUGCGGCAUAUACCCAGGGCAACAAUAGCGACUCGUCCAUUUCAAACAGACGGAAUACAAAGAGCGUGGGACACUCUCAGAUGCCCAGUGCCAAAAUGCAUCAAACGUCCUCACGUCUGCUGCGCAUGACCAGCGAUGAACGGCCUUUUUGCCGUGAUUUCAAGGACUUGUUCUCAACGCUGAUGGUCAGCCUGAAGCUGGAGAGCCAUCGCGUGCGGUUUUCCAAGUUUGAUCACACCUUCAUGUCCGAAGAAGCGAUCAAUAAUCUGGGCUCUCUGAAAUUCUCGCAGUCGAAUCGCAUGCCUGACCCCAAGGAUCCUAGCCGCAUUGUCACCACUACGACUACAACGACAUUCUCCAUGGCCAGGGAGAUGGCUCGUUCUGUAUGUCAGCGAUUCGUCGACGCUCGCUUCAUCGAGCCUGUCGAUGGCCGUGUCACCGCCCAGUUCCCCUUGAAAGGCGCUCUUUUCCAGCUGACCCCCAAGGGUAUCCACAUUCUUCAUCGGUUCUGCCAGAGAAACGGUAUCACUGCUCGCCAUGUCAUGGAUGUUCUGGAGUCCCCGCGAAAUACGAUGCAAUUGGUGAUACUAGAACGGGAUAUCCAAACCGAUCAAGUAUCUCGGGACCGGGCUACCAUUGAGGUUAUCUUCCGUCGCUUUGCAGGAGUCGACGGCCCCAAUCUCAAGAACAACGUCUCGAGCUCCGAUUCCGACUCUGUCAGUGACUACGCAAGCGGUACGACAGGUGUGAAAAUGGCAAAGGAGCGCAAAAUCGGAGAUAAGAUUAUUCAAAACAGUUUCACGGGCAAGGCGGCGGCGGAUUGGAUACUAGACUGUUGUACCGCGAUCGACGGCCGGGAACCUGUGGAGAUUGCAUCGAUGUUUGUGAAAUAUAGUUUGAUGUAUGCGAUUGUGGAAGACAAGGCAUACAUGCAAAUGAACCCUGGAGCAACCACAUUCCAACCAACGAAAUACGCCAUAUACGGCAUAACGGAGCAUGGUCAGAGGGUGUGCGGAUGGAUUGCACGGGAUAAAGUUACACCCAACUCGAUGGAUGGUCGCAUUGUGCCACGGGACUCGAAUAAUGCUCGUCUCAAUCACAUUCUGCAAGAUCCUGCAUUGAGGCUCCUCUUCCGUGAAUUCCUUCGAGAUUCUCUUUGUGAGGAGAAUCUGUCCUUUUACCUCGAUGUGUCGACUUUCACUGCCGAUUAUCAUCGUUCAGAGAAGACUGGCACGUUUGCGAAGAUGGAUGCGGUACGGGAAACGUUGGCUAGCGCCUAUGGCUUAUACAAUGCUUUCCUUGCACCUGGGUCUCCAUGCGAACUGAAUAUCGAGCAUGCUCUUCGAAAUAGUCUCGCGAGUCGUAUGACAAGGGCGGUUGGUGAUGAUGCAGCGAUGGUCCAGAGCCUGACGGAAGUUGUCAGCUUGUUUGAACUCGCACAAGUUUCGGUUUUCAAGCUCAUGUCGAGUGAUUCCGUACCUAAAUUCGUCCGUGAUCCAAGAUAUGCAACAAUCUUGCAAGAGCACGACUUUGAACUCAAUAGCUCUGGUCGAUCUUACUCUCCCACUCCGGGUCCCAUCCCUGAACGUUCGAUGAGCCGAGCGGCGAGAUCGUGA